UUUAGACCGUCAGGUCAAGAUGGCAAGUGUAUCAAAUUGGUGUUAGUUCCUGCUGGUCAUCUGUUUUGCUCUGGUCUGGUGUGUCGCUUUGAAGGAAGUCCUCAAGUCUGAAGUGACGACGGUUUGCAGAAGAAUUUGGACUACAUUUUGUCGUGCUGAGGAGCUGUUCGGAACUCUUCGCCAGCUCCCUACUUGGGGCAGAGACAGCGCCCCAACCCACGCGCCAAAAUGGUGCUGUCACAGAGGCAACGAGAUGAACUAAAUCGAGCUAUAGCUGAUUAUUUGCGCUCCAAUGGCUAUGAAGAGGCAUAUUCCACUUUUAAGAAGGAGGCAGAGUUGGAUGUGAAUGAUGAGUUGGAUAAGAAGUUUGCAGGACUUUUGGAAAAGAAAUGGACUUCGGUUAUCAGAUUACAAAAAAAGGUAAUGGAGUUGGAGUCUAAACUAAAUGAAGCUAAGGAGGAGAUCACUUUAGGAGGCCCCGUGGGGCAGAAACGAGACCCCAAAGAGUGGAUCCCACGCCCACCUGAGAAGUACGCCCUCAGCGGACACAGAAGCCCUGUCACACGCGUCAUCUUCCACCCUGUGUUCAGCCUUAUGGUCUCCGCCUCAGAGGACGCCACUAUAAAGGUGUGGGACUAUGAGGCUGGUGAUUUUGAGCGAACCCUGAAGGGUCACACUGACUCGGUGCAGGACAUCUCCUUUGACCAGACUGGAAAGCUGCUGGCUUCUUGCUCCGCUGACAUGACCAUCAAACUCUGGGAUUUCCAGGGCUUUGAGUGCAUCAGGACCAUGCACGGACACGAUCACAAUGUGUCGUCAGUUGCCAUCAUGCCUAACGGUGACCACAUAGUGUCUGCUUCCAGGGAUAAGACGAUGAAGAUGUGGGAAGUGGCCACUGGUUACUGCGUGAAGACGUUCACAGGUCACAGAGAGUGGGUUCGUAUGGUCCGGCCCAAUCAAGACGGCACGCUGUUGGCCAGCUGCUCCAAUGACCAGACGGUGCGCGUGUGGGUCGUGGCCACCAAAGAGUGCAAGGCGGAGCUGAGGGAGCACGAGCAUGUGGUGGAGUGUAUCUCCUGGGCCCCUGAGAGCGCACAUCCUACUAUAUCCGAGGCCACAGGCUCUGAGAACAAGAAGAGUGGAAAGCCUGGGCCAUUCCUGUUAUCUGGAUCCAGAGACAAGACCAUUAAAAUGUGGGACAUCAGUACUGGCAUGUGCCUUAUGACACUGGUUGGCCAUGAUAACUGGGUGCGUGGAGUGCUGUUUCAUCCGGGCGGGAGGUUUGUGGUGAGCUGUGCUGAUGACAAGACCCUUCGUAUCUGGGACUAUAAGAACAAGCGCUGCAUGAAGACCCUCAGUGCCCAUGAACACUUUGUUACCUCUUUGGAUUUCCACAAGACUUCUCCUUACGUGGUAACAGGAAGUGUAGAUCAAACGGUCAAAGUGUGGGAAUGUCGCUGAUCGCCACAGGAUCCGCCCCUUCCCUUCGGCCAAUCCCACGCCUGCUCUUCAGGACGCACUCAUUCCCACCUCAUCCAGCUCUCUUCUAAUAACUAUUGUCCUUUUAUGUAAAUUACUCUGGAUGUAGUUUGAGCUUAUUAAAUGUUACACAAGACACUCACAAGGAGAAAAAAAAGAAACGAGUAAAUAAGUAUUCUUGCAUGGUGAAUCUGAAAACUUGUAUACUGUAAAAAAUAAUUUUUUUUUUUUGCUUCUCGUCAUCUAAAAGUACGGUAGAGAAGCAGAGCACAGGCGCUGCUCUGGCCUCAAGCGUUUCUGAACAGAAGGCAGAAUGAUGCUGUUUGGGGAAUUCGGCAGACAGGUGCUCCAAACCGUUCGUGCUUCUUUUCGUUUGACGUUCGUCGCUUUCUGCUUUAUCGAGAAGACAUUUAAACUGACUGAAGACGAACAGCUUCAUGUGUCUGUUCUGUCAUUUAACGCUAUGAAUGUUCUCCCUUUUACACACAGAUUCUCGUAUCCGUCACUUUAAGAAGCGGUAAAUACAUCUUCAGAAGCAUUCUCAUCCAUGAAGACCUUUAAACUGAAGCUGUUUUAGCAAAUCAAAAACAUUAUCGCAUCCGAAAGGAAUCGCAUGGAUCAGUAAAGUGCACUUGUCCCUGGAGGAAAUAGUGUUUCACGCAGGGUUUACCUUGGUUUUUUUUGUUUGUUUGUUUGUUUUUGUACAGAAAAUCCAAUUCUGACACUUUCCGUUGCCGCAUAUUGGUAAUGGAGGAUCUCAACAUACUUUAUUUACUGACAGAGGGCAAGAGAAGUGCCAUUUUGUUUGUUUUUUCUCAUUCUUAAGUGCACACAUUGUCACCACUGCGUUCAACUUUCGGGACAAACACAGCUCUAUUUGAUUUAGCUCCUCUACUACAGUAUAUUUCCCAGCUUUCACUCUUGACUGCCCCUCACCACUCGCUCAUACACUUCCAUCUUUCAUUGCUUCUUGAUUCAGCUGCUUGCCUGCGCGUUUGUGAAGAGUUCAGGAGACCUCCUUCAGGCUCAUUUAGUCAGUCUCUCUUGAACAUUGUGGACGAAACCUCUACAGUAGAUGGACGUGCAAUAUCUAUAGGCUGCUCUGUGCUCUCUGUUGAGGUGUGUGUGUGUGUGUUUUCUGUAAACACAUUUAUAGGACGAUCAGUGGACAGGAGCAACAGUCGCGUCAGUGGUGAGUAGUUUGCUGUGCUUGCUGGUACUGUUUCCAACAGUCGAGUCGCGUAUGCCCGACCACUGCCAUCCCGAAGUUUGUGUGAGAGUGUAUGUAUGUGUGUGUGUGUGUGUGUGUGUGAGAGAUUGUGUGUCUGUGAGCACACAGUGGACUCUUGACUCCAGCUAUUCGCUUUUCUCUGCCUUGUCGAUGUUCUGAGAAUCCCCCCUCUCGAGGACUACAUUCUGCUUUUUGUGCUCUCACUGUUGACACACACACUCGUGCACUCGCAUAAAGAAAUAAUUGUCCAUCAGUAUAUCUUGAUGUCAUUGUUUGCAACAUAAUUAAAAUAAUAAAAUAUCUGUAAAUAUAAAUCA